AUGGCGGACCAGAAAUGUAUAAUGGAUACACAUAUCUACACAUUUGUGUCAAAAUCAACUAAGUAUGCGUUUGGGAAAAUGUUUAAGAUGCUUCGCUCAGAUGAAAAGUAACUUAAAGUGUCGAACAAAAAGCAGAAGAGAAAUUGUUUACCUUUGGCUGUAAUGAAACUAUUCUUAUUGUAAUUGUUUUACAAUGGAACCAUUGAAUAAAACUUCUACAGAUAUACAACUGAAAAGCGAUUUCACACUUAAGCGUAUGGCUUCAGUAUUCUUUCUAUGCUCGGACAUUGGAAGCGACUUAUUAUGGACUAAUGAUUGUGUCAAGUACCUUAGAGAGGCUGGAGUAAAGAACCUUAAUACAUCAUUUGAGCUGCGUAUAGGAUAUCGCGAAUAUGAUGAGCUAGAAAUACACUUAAAAAAUGUCAAUAAGCUCGCUAUUGUCCUUUCACAGCAAUCACUAGAUGUCUCGAAAUUUAAGAAGAUGAUGCAGUGCGCGAUUUUGUUUGUCCAGGAAGAAAAUGAAUCGUGUCGUAUUAUACCUAUUUUACUCACUGAACAAACAGUGUUACCGUUAAUACUACGGGAAACCGUACCGUUUUACGCUUGGAGAGAUGAGAUUAAAAAAUUACUUGAGGCAAUACUCCUAACAAACGAACAUCAGCCGUUAAAAACAUACGUUCACAGCCUUAGCCAACUUUCUAACACAGGACAAUAUUUGCGCAAUUUAAAUAAAUGCAUUCUUCCACCAAAUGUCUCUACUCUAGAAAAACAGUUGGCAUCCAAUGUUUUAGAAUGGUGGGGUUUGAUGGUUUCAGAUGCGAGAUUUUCAAUUGAUAUGAGGAAAAUGCAAAUUAUUUCUAGAGAUCAAAAACCACUGAUAAAUGAUCUAUUCAACAGCAUAUUUUCGUCCGACAAAAUUAGGGUUAUACGGAUAACUGGACUAACAAAUUUUCAUUAUGACGACUUUAGAAGAGAUAGAAACUUAUUUGAUGAGUUAGUUGAUAUUUAUCUAGAUCACUUCAAAACAGUAACCAAUGACUUUCGAUUAAAAUAUUGGUAUCAAUACAAAAAGCCAUCAUGUGAGAAAUUCUGAUAGGACCCUAGAUAUAAGUGGUCCACUGUUAAAAUGCUUUAGUUUAAUGACCCAUGAAAAUAUCCACUAUCCCAAAAUGGAAGCGCUUGAAGCAAGAGAAAACUCAUUAAAAACAUUUCCUUUAAAAAGCAGUACAUUUCGCUCCAAACUUGCAGAUGCUGGCUUCUUUUAUUUCGAUUACAUAGAUUACGUGCAGUGUUUCUGUUGUGGUGGAUGUUUGAGAACUUGGAGCAUAGAUGACGACCCGUUAGAAAGACACAUAGAAAGGUUUCCAUAUUGUACAUUCCAUGUAGAUAUUAGAAAAAGUAAUACAGAAGCAAGUCAUAUACCGAUGCCCCCUUGUCUUGAUGAAGCAUCACAUUCAGAAACUUUAGAAGAAAUGGUUGUAGAUAAAUUGAUCCAAAAAUAUGAUAGUAAUUAUUAUAGAGAAAAUUUCAGUGAUGUUGCUAACCGACGUUUAACGUUCGAAAAGUUUAAAGCUAGUACCGAUGUUGAAAUUGAUGAAUCGGUGUUCCAGCAAUACGCGGAAGCUGGUUUCUUUUAUUAUGGUGUAAAGGAAGAUGUUGUUUGUUUUUCCUGUAUAUUAGGAUUGGCACAGAUAAGUAAAGAUAUAAAUCCAUGGGCUCUUCAUUUACAAUUUGCUCCAACUUGUAUAUAUGUUACAUCAAAUAUUGAUAAAUUUAAAAGUACCGUGACAGAAACGCAGGCUAGUGAUGCAACAGAUCCUUACAUUGAAUUUGAACUCAACAUGCAUUAGUAGCUGAAAUAGCAUACCAAGUUGUUUUCCUAAUCAUUCUUUGAAAUAAAACUAAAGCAAUCUUCCGUUUAACAGUUUGGGUCGCUUUUCAUUGAACCAUUCUUAAAAUCAGUCUGAAAAUGUUUCGGGCACAGUUCACGAAUAUAGAACGGUUUCUGACAGACGCAGUACUAUCCUGGACAAUUUUAGUCACUGUGACAGUGACUUCUAACCUACAACCGAUUCUGACAGUUCUAACAAAGAACAGUUUUGACCGUUACUGUUCUACACUAGAACUGAUUCCGAACAGUUUUUUACUGUUCUUACCUAGAUAUGAUUCUGAAAUGUCUACCAAGAAUAGAACCUGACAGUUCUAUCUCCAGAACAGUAUAGGACAUUCAUGUACAUAUUUUGCACUCUCUCUGUACCUAUGUAUCCGCAGUGGUUAUGAGAAUAAAGAUGACUGACAGUUUAAUCUAAUAAGAUAUUUAUUUACCUUAAUUUACCUAAAUUAUAUUUAUAACUUUGUUUUAUUAUAAUUGCAUUACUGCAUUAGUCAUUUUAACUUUAUUUUAAGUGUAUUUAUUGUCUCGCCUUGUUAAAAAAAGUGUGACUUGUCAUUUCCGUCUAUAUAUAUAAUAGCAAUUGCAACAAAAAUUUCAGAUUGCAGCCAAGAACAACCACCGAAUUGCAAUAUCCUGAAUUGGAACAGUCAUACACAGAAUGAAAAGGGUUCAAACAUAAUGUUAGUGAGCGUUCAAAUCGAUUGCCUUACUAUGCAACCAGUCAAAUCUCUUUCAAACAAUGGCGCACAUUGGCGGUUUAUCGCAUCACGUGACUUGUUAUUCAGUAUAUAAAUUUAGAUACGGCAAUACAGAAAACAAAUAUGGCCGUGUUCACAUUGACCUAAACUCGGUGUUGUGUUAGUGUAACUCACACAUAAACUAAACAUAAGUACGUUCCCAUUGAUAAAACUCAAUGUUUACAUGUACUAGUAGUUUAAAUUAUGUUUUGUCUACAUGCAGUCGAUAGUCGAUGUAGACCUUGUGUAGGUUAAGUGUACACUAAACUAGACAUUCAGAACUUUAAUGU